GUGUUAGGUCUAGGGACCUAAACUUACAUCUGUAAACAUUGAAGAUAAUUGAUGAAGAUUUCUUAGUUUCUUUAUCUGUCUAAUUGUACUGCCCUUUCAUUCGACAUAGAUAUUGUUGCGACAUUAGCCUAAUUAGAUUUUUGUAAACAGACUGCUAAACCAGUUUUAAGCCCCCAACUGUUACCCACACCAUCCUUUCAUUCGUAGAUAUUGUUGCGACAUCAGCCUAAAAUUAUUUUUUGUUAACAGAUUGUUAAACCAAUGUUUAGCCCCCAAAACUGAGUUUAUUCUGUAUUUCAAAAUUCUUUUUUUUUGUACGGUAAUUAAAUUUUCUUAACAAUUGCAACCAACCCCUAAAAGUAAAGAAAGUCUUUGGCCACUUAGCCAUGAAGAUUAAAGAGCUAGAGCUUAAUCUGAAACUCGUAAGUCUUAAAACUCGUGUGUAAAUCUAAUGGAUCCUGCCAAUACUUGUUUAUAGUUUCAGAGAAGUAUGAUAAGGAUUUAACUGAGUUUAGUUAAUGUUAAUACACUGUGAAGAGUAUUAUUGUUGAGGCACAUUUAGCCGGAAGAGAUAAUGGCUGGAUUUCUAAACCUUGUAAGUGGAUAUUUCUCCAUACCUUGGCUAUUAAUUGAGAUGUGGAGAGAGCAAAGAUUAAACUCUAGAUAUGGGAAGUUUAGAGGCAAAGUUGUGCUAGUGACUGGUGCUAGUAGUGGUAUUGGUAAAGAGCUAGCUAAACAGCUUUUUAAACAAGGAGCUAAACUUAUCCUGGCGUCCAGGUCGACAGAGAAAUUGCUGGAGCUUCGGGACGAGCUGAAGAGUAUGCAAUGUUCAGUUCCUAUUUAUGUACCUGCAGUCCUGACAAUAGACUUAGAACAAGUGGGCGAAUUGGCUGGGAAAAGUAAGGAGGCGUGGCAAUUAUUUGGGCGUGUUGAUAUCCUGGUGAACUGUGGUGGAAUGUCAGUGAGAGGCGGAGUAGUUGAUACCCAGCUUCAUGUGUAUAGACGAUUGAUGGAAGUAAAUUAUUUUGGAAGUGUAGAGUUGACCAGAAAUAUUGUCACGAGAAUGGUUGAAGAAGGAUGUGGGCUUGUUGUGAAUAUCUCUAGUAUUCAGGGAUUGAUAAGUUUACCUGAUAGAUCAGCUUACUCAGCCAGUAAACAUGCGAUACAGGCGUUCUCAGAUAGUUUAAGAGCCGAGGUUUACAGUGCUGGAGUUCGAGUUUUAGUUGUAUCUCCUGGUUAUGUGAACACUGAGCUAUCGUUGAACUCUCUGACCUCAUCUGGAGAGAAACACAACAAGCUGGACCCGACAACACUAAACGGGUAUAGUGUGGAGUAUGUGGCAAAAGAGAUAAUUAGAAGUAUUCUUAACGAGGAUAAGGAGGUUGUUUUGGCUCCAGUUCAUCAUCGAUUGGUUGUUGUAAUUCGAACCCUCCUACCCAGAAUAUACUUUUAUAUUAUGCAAAAACGAGCACAGAAAAAUAAAUAAUUUUUGUAAUUUUAA